AGAAGUCUAUAAAAACAGAGGGUUUCCUAAGACUCGUCCUCUGGCAGCUGCUGCUCCAUCCAGUGUCUGAAGCCUUCUUCUCCCAAACAACCUACCACCAUGGCUCACCGAUUUCCAGCCCUCACCCCGGAACAGAAGAAGGAACUGUCAGACAUUGCCCAGCGCAUUGUUGCCAAUGGGAAGGGCAUCCUGGCUGCAGAUGAGUCUGUGGGCACCAUGGGGAACCGCCUGCAGAGAAUCAAGGUGGAGAACACUGAAGAGAACCGCCGGCAGUUCCGAGAGAUUCUCUUCACCUCUGACAACUCCAUGAGCCAGAGCAUUGGUGGUGUGAUCCUCUUCCACGAGACCCUCUACCAGAAGGAUGGCCAGGGAAAGCUGUUCAAGAACAUCCUCAAGGAAAAGGGCAUUGUGGUGGGAAUCAAGUUAGACCAAGGAGCUGCUCCCCUUGCAGGAACAAACAAAGAAUCUACCAUUCAAGGGCUGGACGGCCUCUCUGAGCGCUGUGCUCAGUAUAAGAAAGACGGUGCUGACUUCGGGAAGUGGCGUGCUGUGCUGAGGAUUGCUGACCAGUGUCCCUCCAGCCUUGCUAUCCAGGAAAAUGCCAAUGCCCUGGCCCGCUACGCCAGCAUCUGCCAGCAGAAUGGGCUGGUACCUAUUGUUGAACCAGAAGUGAUUCCUGAUGGAGACCAUGACUUGGAACACUGCCAGUACGUUACUGAAAAGGUUCUGGCAACUGUCUAUAAGGCUCUGAAUGACCAUCACGUGUACCUGGAGGGCACCCUGCUGAAGCCCAACAUGGUAACUGCUGGCCAUGCCUGCACCAAGAAGUAUAGUCCAGAGCAAGUAGCCAUGGCAACUGUCACUGCUCUCCACCGGACCGUUCCCGCAGCUGUUCCUGGUAUCUGCUUUUUGUCUGGAGGCAUGAGUGAAGAAGAUGCUACUCUCAACCUCAACGCUAUCAACCUUUGCCCUCUCCCCAAACCCUGGAAACUCAGUUUCUCUUAUGGACGGGCUCUGCAGGCCAGCGCACUGGCUGCCUGGGGUGGCAAGGCUGCAAACAAGAAGGCAACCCAGGAUGCUUUCAUGAAGCGGGCCCUGGCUAACUGCCAGGCAGCCAAAGGGCAGUAUGUCCACUCUGGCUCCUCUGGCUCUGCUUCCACCCAGUCGCUCUUCACCGCGAGCUACACCUACUAGAACCUGGGCGUGACCCGGCUGGCUCUCGCUGUUUUAGGAGUAGAGGGAGGAGGACUGCAAAGGAACAAUCUUUAGACUGACCCUGGAGGUUAGGUACACUUUAUUUGAACCUACUUGGAAGCAUAGUGCAUGUUUAAUUCUUAGACAGAAGGGGGAAAUCAGUCGUUGAAGCAAACACCUAGAUAGCAAGAUCUAAUAAAAAUGUCACACAAUUUCCCUGCAGCACUUCCAGCCCCCCAUGGUCCAGAAUGUUCACCGAAAAAAAAUCAUAAUAACGUCUAGAAAACUCAUUCUUUAUCCACUCAGUACCCACUGAAAGAAACAUCACAGAAACUAAGUGCAGAAAUGUGGUUCUUACUGAACAAUCUUUGCAGUGGUAGAUUAUGAAGGGGACAAUUGACCUCAAUUAAAGAAAUAAAAAUAUACUGUAAGUCUU